AUGUCUGACCCGGAUGUCUCGAUGGACAGCAACGUCUCCAUGUCCGACAUGAGCAUGAUCUCCGCCGACGACAGCAAUGUCAGCAUGGUGGACAAAGACUUUCUGACCAGGCUGGCGGAAGAUAGCUCAAACACCGCUGACCCCCUGCCCCUCUCCUCCGAGGCACUCAAAACGGCCGAGAUCACGGAGCAGCUUCUGCGCGCAGACCGCGGGGUCCGCCUGCGUGCGCUGUGCCGCGCUCUCCCCGCGUGCCCGCCAGAGUGGCUCCAUAACAGCCUGAUAGCAUUAGCGCAAGCGGACUCGAGCUCCGAGGCCGCCUUGUCGGCGAUGCUGCUCACCGUGAAGCACCGCCCGAGCCGUCGUGGCGUGCCGGCGGAUGGCGACGUUGUGCCCCGAUGGGACACAUGUGGGCACUGUCGCACUGUGUAUGACGCAGGUCGCGAACGCCUGAUGGGAGAGUGCAGAUAUCACCCAGGUGCGCUCUGCGACGACGACGAGAGGAUCGCGAGCUGGAGUGAAAUCUAUGAAGACUCGCGGGCGAGGAGAACGUCGUCGCUCAAACUUGGCCAGCUGCUGUGGACCUGUUGCGGGCUCGCAGGCGAUGCGAGAGGAUGUGUGGUAAGCCAACAUCAUCCCAAGCGCGUUUCUCGUCCACAGAUGCCAACAUGA